AUGGAACAAUGUGUUGGGACACCGGCAAGUAUGGAACAAUGGGGAAAGGAUUGGAGGUGGAAGCAUGACGAACGAGCUAAGGAAGAGGCAGAGGAGAAAAAUGAAGAAUCAAGUGCCAGUGGCAACUCCAAGUUUGGGAAACGACAUAUUAAAUCUGUAGAUCCAGAUCCUCAUGGAGAAAAGUUAUUGAAGACGGAGGAUCCCUUGGCAGAAACAUCUAAGUAUUUGAAAUUGCUUCAGAAGCACUCACCUGAUUCUUUGGAGACACACUUGCUCUCUUUUGAAGCAAAUAUGAGAAAACAGAAGAUUUUGCUUGCCUUUGAGGUAUAUUUAUUUUCCAAGAACUGAAAUGAGUGUACUUCUCUUCAU